AUGAAGGCCCAAGAUAAGAGCUCUUCCGUGCGCUUACAGCGCUUCGGGCGGGACUUCCGGCGUCCUGGUUGUGGCGGUCGUUUUGGGUGUUCCUGGGUUUUUUCCGUGGCGACCGACAGGGAAGGGGCGGGAAGAGGCGCCGUCCCCGGAGCGCCGACUGGGUUUCGUGGCUCGGCGACGCCGCCUGUGCUGCCCCGCGCCGGGCCCGGGACCGCGGGGCCGGGACAGAGUCCAAUGGCAGUGGCCGCGCCCAGGGACCCGGCUGAGGAGGCUGUGGUUUCAUCUGUCCCCAACGUGACAGGACAGUGUGACUUUGGAGGACGUGGCCGUGUAUUCUCCUGGGAGGAAUGGGGUCUCCUUGAUGAGGUUCAGAGACGCCUGUACCACAAUGUGAUGCUGGAGAACUUGGCACUUAUAACCUCCCUGGAUUAUUUUUGUGGGAUAGACAAUGAAGAGGCCCCUUCUGGACAGAAUGUUUCUCUGGGAAGAACACCACCAAGCAGGACUUCGGGGCCAAAUCUAUCCACCCAGAAGCUUCAUCUCUGUGAGAUGUGUGUUCCUGUCAUGAAGGAUAUUUUGUACCUGGCUGAGGUUCAGGGAACACAUACCAGGCAGAAAUCCUACACACGUGUGGCACGUGGGAAACGAUUCUGUUUCAGUGCAGAUCUUCGCCAACACCAGAAUGAGGACGGUGGGAAAAAGCCCUAUAGCAAGGACGUGGACAGGGCUUCCUUUGCGAAGACCUAUAGAGGCCAUUCAUUAGGGAAGCCUUUCACCUGUGGGGAGGUUGAAAAGGACUUCCUGGCCAGUGUGGCCAGUGCUGUGAGUAUACACAGCAGUACUAAGUGUGAGGAAGUCUUUCGCAGUGGAAAAAGUUCUUACAGAUGUGGCGAAUGUGGAAAAGCCUUCUGUCGUAAACGUACCCUUGUUCAGCAUCAGAGAAUUCACACUGGAGAAGGACUGUUUAAGUGCAGUGACUGUGGGAGAACCUUCAGCUACAAGCAUACGUUUGUUCAGCAUAAGAUAGUCCAUGCUGGAGUAAAGCCUUUUGAGUGCAGUGAAUGUGGAAAGGCCUUCAGGUUUAAGUAUAAACUUGUUCAGCACCACCGUACUCACACUGGAGAAAGGCCUUAUGUGUGUAGUGAAUGUGGGAAAGCUUUUGGGUGCAAAUCCAAACUUGUUCGGCACGAGAGAAUUCACACCGGAGCAAGGCCUUAUGAGUGUGCUGAAUGUGGCAAAUAUUUUAGACAAAGCUCCGGCCUUGUUCAACAUCGGAGAAUUCACACUGGAGCAAAGCCUUAUGAAUGUGACGAAUGUGGAAAGUCCUUUAGCCAAAGCUCUAUCCUCAUCCAACACCAGAGAGUUCACACUGGAGAAAGGCCUUAUGAAUGUAGUGAAUGUGGGAAGUCCUUUAGCCAAAGCUUCAGGCUUAUUCUACAUUGGAGAAUUCACACUGGAGAAAGGCCUUAUGAGUGCAACGAAUGUGGAAAAUCCUUUAGCCAAAACUACAGCCUCAUUCAACACCAUAAACUUCACACUAGAUAA